AUGACAAAAGCAGAAGCUCAGGAGAUGCUUAUUACUGAGCUGGGGGCUGAUCCCGAUGACGCCCUUGAGGAGUUAGAGAGGACACGAGGGGCCCACGCUGAGGGGGACGAGUUGAAGCAGACUACACACAGAGAGCGGGCGUUGAGAUGCUACUUCCUGUAUUUGAUAGGCACUCAGCUCUUUGUGGACAUGAGCUCAUCGUACACAGACAUCGUCUACCUGACGUACUUAUCAGAUAUAGCACGUAUCCAUGAGUACAAUUGGGGAGCGGCUGUACUAGCGUACAAUUACCAUAAACUUGGAGAGGGAUGCAUGUGGAAGGCAAGGACAAUUGCAGGCAGCUGGUUGGAUACUACAACACUUCCAAUACAUUAUUGGCUGGGGAGAGGUGCCUACCUACACAAAGAUCAUGCUGCGUGCCAAUGCUUUCACCCCCUUAGAGGGAACCAGGUGCCAGAUCCCUACAAGCGCGGUCUUGACCGCAUAGCCGCCGAGGAUAUCAAGUACUACUGCAAUGCUGAGCACCGGGAGAUGGUUCCGUUUGACGAGAUAGUUCUGUAUCCUGGAUGGUUGGCCGCCAGCUCGACCAUUGUUGUACGCUAUCUCCCAAAACGCGUCAUGCGUGAAAUUGGAUAUGAGCAGAUACCUCGCGAUCCUACUGUCUCAACUCCUAUCGCCAUGACCCGGAGGAAGUUAGAUGAGGUCUUUGCAGACUUGGAGCAUCACAUGGUCCCUAAGGAGGCAUGGGCGAUGCUAGAAGAGCACGACUGGAGAUGUACCGAGGGGUACAUCUCCUGGUACUAA